AUGGCUCUCCCUAUCACUGACGAUGACCUCGACGGACUGAAGCAGCCCUAUGUGACUUUCUCGUCUGGUUCAGCAUCACCACCGCAAUCGACGACUGACGCUAUGGAUCUCGAAGAGCAGGUACUCGACGCAAUCAAGAGUGAUGCUUUCCUGGUGGACUGGGUUGGCGAGGAUGACAAGGGAAAUCCUCAGAAUCUACCUUACUGGCGCAAGUGGGUGAUCACAAUGUCUUUGGCAUUGUAUGCUCUCUCGACGACGUUUUCUUCGUCGGUCUUCGGGGCUGCAACGCACGUUCUCGCAGAAGAGUUUGCCUUGCCCGCGGAGACGGUCGUGCUCGGUUGCACUUCCCUCUUCAUGGUAGGAUUCGCUACCGGGCCCAUCUUCUGGGGACCCUUCAGCGAGGCUUUUGGCCGGACUCGACCUCUUCUGGCAGGCUACCUGGCCUUUGCGGUCCUGCAACUGCCCAUCGCCGACGCAAGAAGUCUGACCUCCAUAUGUAUCCUGCGCUUUCUGGGAGGAUUCUUCGGCGCAGCGCCUUCGUCAAUCCUGUCAGGCAUCUUGGCAGAUAUCUGGUCUCCCAGAGAACGAGGUUUCGCUAUGCCUACAGUUGGCGCGUUUCUGACUAUCGGGCCAAUCCUCGGACCGCUGAUUGGAUCAGUCCUCGUCCAGAGCGUGCUCGGUUGGCGGUGGAUCGCGAAUGUCGUUGCGAUCGCCUCGUUCUUCAUUGCUGUCUUUACCUUUCCAUUCCUCCCCGAAACGUACACGCCAUUGCUUUUGGCGCGUCGUGCUGAACGCAUGCGACAUAUGACACGCAACUGGGCUUACCGUUCCAAAUCUGAAGAAGCGCAGAGCAGUAUUGGCGAUUUUGCGGAGCGUUACUUGCUUCGGCCUGCUCGCAUGCUGGCCCUUGAACCCAUUCUUUUAAUGAUGACACUCUAUGUCAGUGUGUCUUUCGGUCUGUUGUACAACUUCUUUCUGGCAUACCCAACAUCGUUCAUUCAGGAGCGCGGCUGGGACCAGACGACUGCCAGUCUUCCACUCAUCUCCAUCCUCGUGGGCGUCAUUAUCGCAGGAGCACUACUUUCGUUUACGACCAACUCCAGAUGGGCACCGAACGCCAAAGAGGGACGACCUCAGGAGACAAGACUUUUGCUCAUGAUGGUUGGCGCUGUCUCGCUCCCAGCUGGAAUGUUCCUCUUCGCUUGGACAAGCUCCGCUACCAUGAAUCCUUGGCCUCAAAUCUUGUCGGGUAUUCCUACUGGCUUCGGUAUCCACUUGAUCAAUAUGCAGGGCAUGAACUACAUCAUCGACUCUUACAAAAUUUAUGCGAACUCGGCCAUAGCCGCUAACACCUUCUUGAGAUCCCUGUUCGCUGCAGGAUUUCCGAUCUUGGCGACUUCGAUGUAUGCUGCAAUCGGAGUAAAAUGGGGAACGACCAUUCUUGCAUUGCUUGCAGUUGCCAUGAUCCCGAUCCCGAUACUGUUCUACUACUUCGGUGCCAAAAUCAGAGCGAAGAGCAAGUGGCAGCCACCUUUGUAA